ACUAGAGAUAGUAAGUGACUUAGACCAUGCCUCAUAAAUUGCGUCAGCGUUGAUCACGGAAUGAGUGUAUGGGUAGCUCCACUUUGUGCAUGGGCAUACCCCCACCUGCCUCGCUCCCUCCCCACGGCGGGCUAUGUGAAUGGUGAGUGAGGGGAAGGCGGGCGGGGUGGGUCGUUGUGCGAAGUGGGAAAGGGGGGUGUGUCGCUAUAAGAAGCCAAAAGAGACCGAUGCAGUCAGUUGGUUCUGUCAAACUCUCCAAGCGUUAAUAAGGAUAAGACCUAACUACUGUCUACCACUCUGCAUCUACAAGCGACUGAGAUACGUUUUUAUAAGCCACACAUACGGGUUCUGCGCUACACUUGGCACCCUAAAACCCUACAUCCUGCCCUACACCCUCAGGCCUCCACCCUCCUCCCGUCUCUAUCCUGUAUCCCUCUUGUCUGUCCGACUGGGUGUCCCUCUGUAGUGAGUCAUGAAGUGGCCUCUGUGGAGCCUGCUGCUGCUGCUGUGCCGGUGUACCCCAGGACAGAGUGGCUGCCAGGGGGACUGCCUGGCCUGUGGCCUCCUACUAUCCAACCCCCAGAGCCAGCAGCAAGUGUUCAAUACACUGGUGUGUCUGUUGGAGUGUGACGGUCACGUCUCCCCUGCCCUCACCUGGGAUCUGUGUCAGCGAGCCAUGCUACCGCACUACCCCCUCCCACCAGACGAUGGCGCUGUGUCUAAGAGAGCAGAGGAAAAACUGUCCUUAAACCAUGGCCCCAUUGACCUGGAGUCAGAUGGGAAAAUGCUCUACUCUGCAGCCAUGGGGCUCUACCAGCAGGAUGGAGCGGACCAGGAAGAAGAGGCCCUGGUGCGACGUGAUUCCCAGUACGACUCCUCUCCGCUGGGCUUGACCGCAGAAGGAGACUCGCUGGCGCUGGGUAUGGAGAGCAGGGAGGAGGAGGAGGAGGAGGUCAGGAGGAGGAGGAGCGGCCAGGGGGAGGAAGGAGACGAGGAGGAUGCCGUGGUCCAGCUGACCAAGCGUUUCGGGGGCUUCCUGAAAGGUCGUCACAGUUACAGGAAGUUGAUUGGCGGCCCGGAGAGGAAGUCGCUGCAGAAACGCCUCGGAGGGUUCAUCGGGAUCAGGAAGUCGGCCAGGAAGUGGAACAACCAGAAGAGGGUGAGCCAGCUCCUCCGGCAGUACCUGGGGAUGACCGGCAGCAGAACCCCUGGUCGCGGUGUUGGGAGGUUCACUAACCCAGCCCAGGUCCUCAGGAGGCUACCCAGCCGGCUGUAG